UUCUACUCGGCGCAAACAGAUCAUUCGCAUUUGACCCACUUUCUGACUUCCACGAACGCAGCUCUCUCUUUUCGCUUCAAGAUCAUCAACGGUAGCGAGCAAGGCUGUAGAAACCAAGAAAACGGUCCAACCAGAUCCGAGAGAUAAGAGAGGAGGGGGGGAAAAUGGACAUGAAAAAGAGAAUUCACCUAGAACUGAGAAAUAGGACGCCGUCGGAUGUUCAGGAGCUUGUCCUGGAUAACUGUCGGUCGAACGAGGGGAAAAUGGAGGGCAUAACGGAGGAGUUUGAGAACCUGGAACUGUUGAGUCUCAUCAACGUCGGCCUCAUCAACGUCUCAAACAUACCCAAACUGGGGAAAUUAAAAAAGUUGGAGCUAAGUGACAACCGGAUAUCUGGUGGUUUGGAGGUGCUGGCUGAGAGGCUGGUCAACCUCACACACCUCAACCUCUCUGGGAACAAGUUCAAGGACAUCAGCACACUGGAACCACUGAAAAAGCUUCCCAUACUGAAGUCCCUGGACCUGUUUAACUGCGAGGUCACCAACCUGGGAGACUACAGAGAGAGCAUCUUCAAGCUCCUACCGCAGCUCACGUACCUGGAUGGCUACGAUAUCGAAGACUGCGAGGCCUCCGACUCGGACGGCGAGGGAGACGGGGUCGAGGAUGAGGAUGAUGAAGAGGGGGAGGAGGGAGAGUCUGAAGAGGAGGAGGACGAGGAGGAUGACGAAGAGGUCGUUGCAGAGGAAGAUGAUGACAGUGGGGAGAGUGGAGAGGAUGGGGAGGUGAACGGAGAUGUUGACGAUGACGAAGACGACGAUGAAGACGACGAUGACGAAGACAACGAAGAGGAUGACACUCCUGUGAAAGGAGAGAAGAGGAAGAGGGAUCCUGAAGAUGAGGAUGAAGACGAUUGAGUGUCCCUCCCCCGUCCCACACACCCCUUGAUAUCUGAGACCUCUCAAUAUCUGACCCCCACACCCCUCUAUCUGAGAUCUCCCGGUCCCUCCAUAUCUCAGAUACCCCUCCAUAUCUCAGAUACCCCUCUCUGGCCUUUAUUUGCCCCUUACUGCCGCUAUCACCCGUCUCCCCUUUUCCCCCAAACCCUCCAGCUAACCUAGUGGCACCCUAUUCCCUAUAUAGUGCACUACUUUUAACCAUAGCCUUGAAAUAGCCUAUAGGGUCACAAGUAGUGCACUAUAUAGGGAAUAGGGUGCUAUUUGGUACUCCAUCCUACACGCGCACCCCUUUGCUUAAGUUGCCCUGUAUCGUGGUCAUUGGGGGGUCUGGGUAGAAUCCCGAAAUAACCGGGUCUUUCGUCACCGCGCAACAUUCCGUGACAUCGGGGGGGGUCUCUGUCUGGUGUCGGGGACAACUCGUCAACCUCGGCUGUCUCCCAAAUUAAUCCCUGUUUAGUGCACUGCUUUUGGCAAGGGCCCCUUGUUUUAUUUUCACAUAAAAAAUAUAAAUAUAUAAGCUCAGUUCAAAAGUAGUGCACUACUUGGGGAAUGGGGUUGCCAUGGGGUUCUGGUCUAAAGUAGUGCACUAGUUAGGGAAUGGGGGUUGCCAUAGGGGUCCUGGUCUAAAGUAGUGCACUACUUAGGGAAUGGGGUUGCCAUAGGGUCCUGGUCUACAUACGGAAUGGGGUUGCCAUGGGAAUGGGGUUGCCAUAGGGUCCUGGUCUACAUACGGAAUGGGGUUGCCAUGGGAAUGGGGUUGCCAUAGGGUCCUGGUCUACAUACGGAAUGGGGUUCCUUGUGAGACAUUAGCUAGAGUUUUUUGUUUUGUUUCUGCCGUCAGAGCUUUUUAAAAUAGUUUUUUCAGGGGAUUUUUUUGUUUUGUAUUUUGUCAGUGCUGUCUUGUCUCUCCUCCCUGUGUUUCGGGUUAGGGUUGGACCCAGAGGUAACAUCACUCUGUCUUACGUCUCAAAUCACACCCUAAUCCUUAGGGGGCACUGCAUAGUCCUGGUCUAAAGUAGUUGCACUACUUAGGGAAUGGGGUUGCCAUAGGGUCCUGGUCUAAAGUGGUGCACUACUUAGGGAAUGGGGUUGCCAUAGGGUCCUGGUCUAAAGUGGUGCACUACUUAGGGAAUGGGGUUGCGAUAGUGUCCUGGUCUAAAAUAGUUGCACUACUUAGGGAAUGGGGUUGCGAUAGUGUCCUGGUCUAAAAUAGUUGCACUACUUAGGGAAUGGGGUUGCGAUAGUGUCCUGGUCUAAAGUGGUGCACUACUUAGGGAAUGGGUCCUGGUCUAAAGUGGUGCACUACUUAGGGAAUAGGGUGUAAUUGGGGACGUACUGUGUACACUGGCUGGUUGUGGCUGUUUUUUUUUUACUUUCUGUAAGGCAAAGAAGAAAAAGAAAACGUACAAAAAAUUGACUUUGUAAAUAAAAUCUUAACAUUUUGCUUCUU